AUGUCACCGCGAUGCGCCAGCGCCUUCAUCUGCAGCAUUAUCACCGACAGACAAUAUCUCCGGGUGAAUAGUGGAACGGAUCAGCAAACUACCGGAUAUGACUUCGAAGCUGGCAAGUUGCCAAAUUCGUUUACGACUGAUUGGGGGCUUCGCUGCUUGAAGUUGGAAGCUCUGGAGUUAGCUAGCGACAUCCAAUCAGAUGCGCGUCGCUCGGCCACAAACUUCGCCAAGGGAAAGCCCAGAGUUUUUCCUUCGAGACGUAACUAG